UGCGCAUUAGAAGCUAAUGUUGGCGUUUCCUGUAAGUGCAAUACAGCCACCGUAAAGAAGCGUUUUACACCUCAAUAAAAUCAUACUGCUUUUACAUCGAAGUUGAGCCUGUGGCUAAGGUAGUUUAUUUUGACAUAAUAUGAAAGACACCGAAUACUCUUAGAGAAUCAGUAUUGGUUUCGAAUGACAGUUGGAUUUGAUGUCUCGUUUCGCUAUUUCUAAUCCAUAGCUGAUAAGGAUGAUGUGAGAUGCGGCUAGCUACCAAACCCACAGUUAGCUAGGUAAAGAAUAUUCCAAGAGAAGACCGUUUUCAUCCCUUCAACGCCAAGUGGUAACGUUAUUUGUUUUUGACGAGAUUGUGUUUUAGUCGUAAGCAGAUGGCUCUCUAACAUGACACGCGCCACAGUUUCCCCACUUUUCAACUGGACCCAAGAGAGGGACUUUUCCGCAAUGGUGUUCAAGUAACGUUAGCGGGACUCAGCUUGAGGCACAUUGUUUGAGUUCGUCAUGAAGGUGCUGGGCUCGCGCUUUGCCUUCCUCAUAGGAUUCCUGGUGGGGACCUGUACGCUCUAUGUGUUCCUACGUCAGGUGUGGUUCGAGAGGACCUUCUCAACACGUUCUCAGCCCGAUGGCCUGGAGAAGACAGUGGCUCAGUUACGUGAGCUGGAGGAGGACAGCAAGAAUUGGAAGAAGGAGAGGUCGGCUCUCUUCAACCUCAACCACCCCCACCACAAAGGUGAGGACAGCCACAUGGCAGACGAGCUGUACAAGAAGGUGCGCAUCCUUUGCUGGGUGAUGACAGGGCCCAAAAACCUGCAGAAGAAGGCCCGCCACGUAAAGAACACCUGGAGCCGCCACUGUAACGUGGUGGUGUUCAUGAGCUCUGUGGACGACCCUGACUUCCCCACUGUGGGGCUGGGCACCAAGGAAGGCCGCGACCAGCUCUACUGGAAGACCAUCCGGGCCUUUCACUACGCCCUGGAGAACCAUGGAGACGAGGCCGACUGGUUCCUUAAGGCUGACGACGACACCUAUGUUAUUGUGGACAACCUGCGCUGGGUGCUGGCCAACCACACGCCAGAGGAGCCCAUCUACUUUGGACGCAGGUUUAAGCCCUACACCAAGCAGGGCUAUAUGAGUGGCGGGGCAGGCUACGUGCUGAGCAAAGAGGCCCUUAAGAGGUUCGUGGAUGGCUUUAAGACCAAGGUGUGCACCCACACCACCCACGUGGAGGACCUGGCCAUGGGCCAGUGCAUGGAGAAGGUGGGGGUGGUGGCCGGGGACGCAAGAGACACUGUCCUCAGGGAGACAUUCCACCCCUUUGUCCCUGAGCAGCACCUCACCUCCAAGUUCCCCAAGAGCUUCUGGUACUGGAGCUACUGCUACUACCCUAUCUCAGAGGGGCCAAAUUGCUGCUCGGACCUGUCUGUGUCUUUCCACUAUGUGGACGCGUCUCUCAUGUACCUGUUGGAGUACUACGCCUACCACCUGCGUGCCUUUGGCUACAGGUACCGCUACCAGCCCCCAGCCCCCCUGGGCUACAAGAAUGAGGCGUGGGACAGGUCAGAGGGUGGACACUCGUACUCCAAAGAGCAGCCGGCCAUCCAGAGGGGGCCACUGGCGAGGGUGGAGAGUCCGUCCAGGACAGACAGGAAACAGGAAGUGAUGCCUCCCGCUGCAGCAGAGAAGGACCCGCCUGCUGCUGCACAGGAUGACAAGCAGUAGUAGCCUUGUGUAUCUGAGAGUGAGGUGUGUUAAUGGUUGCUUUUGAGCGUGCAUAUGCAUCUGUAUGGAUGCACUUGCACACAUUUUUACAGAAGUGAAAAGACUCAACUGUGGUGCCUCCCAAAGAAGUGUGCUGUUGUGAAGGAUUGUGUCAGUGUUGAAGAAUGUGUGACUGGCUGUUGGUUGGGUUGUUACUGGCAACAACCAUCCCCUUUUUUUUCUUCUUUUUGUCCUUGUGUUUACCACACAGCCUCCAUGUUGAAAUGUCAACAGCCCUUCAAUUUUUUAAAGAUAUUUAACAUGAUUGUUGUUUCAAAUACUUGUUUUAAUCCAUGUUUUAAUUCCCUCAGUUCUUGGACCACUCAUAAGGAAUCAUCAAAUAAUUAAAGGAUGACUUGGUGAGUGGUCCUGGGCCAAUGUUCCUAUAGGAGAUUCCUACUGGACUGGUUCAUCUUGCUACUCAUUACAUUACAUUUAAGUCAUUUAGCAGACGCUCUUAUCCAGAGCGACUUACAACCAGUUUGACCAGUCCUCACAGCCCUCGCUUUAACAUUGAGCUGACUAGAUUAUCAGAAAGGAUUUAGGAUCAGCUUCCCCUACCCUAAUCAACCUACGCUACUAGGAGUUGAAAACCAAACUUGGUCUUAGAUUUGUGUUUUUAUUUAUACCUGUAUAAAAUAUUGUCUGUAUAAGAAGACCAGGUCUUUCAGACAUACUGUUGAAGAGUGGUAACGAGAGAGAGGGUCACUUUAAACCUGGGAGAAUCUCUCUCAAUCAGCCCCAGUAGCUUGUGCCUUGUGAUGCAUGAUUGUGUGCAACGUUAGUUGCACAUUUUGAAACUGCACUGUGACUAAAAACAAGACUGACAUGUCACUUGAACCUACCUGUGCAUGUUCAGUUAGCCGAUCUCUAGAGAACAGUUUUUGCACCCUGUUUGAUUGGAUAAUAUUGUGUUUAUUUGUUUGAUUCAAGUUCUAUUUAAAUCUGUUAUGGAUAGGAUGAUUCAAGAGUUUUUAGGGGGGAGAUUUCUGGGAAAUGACUGGGUGGGGAUGUUUGGUGUGUGUGAUGUCAUUAGCUGAUGUCGCUGACUGAAUUUGGUUUAAUUUUUAUGAGUCUUCAUUGUAUUAUGAUACCAUAUUCUUAUUCUGUAUGUUUUUACAGUAUAUUAUACUUUUUGAGCAAAGUGACUUAUUGAUCACCUCAAACCAAACUCA